AUGGUGAAUCUUGAGCUGCGCCGACAGGUGAUCACCGUCUACAAAGGCGACAUCAAACAACAAGAGUGCGGAACUCGGAGGUUGAGCUUGGAGCUUGCGUCACUACUAGCACUCGCUGACCUAGCUAUGAAAUGGAACCUAGAGCUCUUGUUUCUAGGCCGGGAAUAUCCUCUCGGAUAUCAAUAUUUCCGCGAUCGACUCCAUCGCGCGUUUUCAAAGCAAGCACAUAUCAACGAGGAGGACGAGAUACGGAAGGCCAUAGCCCGAGCUGAAUUCGUGAAGAAAGGUGAGCUUCUACCAUGA